AUGCAGCUGAGCGUAUCACUAGUAGGCCGCUAUGAUAAGGUCAUCAGUUCGAUUCUGAUAGCCUUGCAUGUGUUGGGAACCGGAUUAUGUCGGUUGUUCUUUGAUAUUGGGAGGUUUGGUGGCAUGCCUAAGAUUGACACUUUGCCUCUGCUUGUACACGAGCUUCAUAUAUACCUGGGGCAUUUCAUUUUACUGAUCUUAAGUAUGAGAAAACUAUCGCAAUCUCCUUCACACUUCAACUGGAUUAAAAACCUAUUCCUAGGUGCUCCUUAUCUAGUACUACUAUCAGCAUUUCUAGAUACAAGAGAUAGGGAGGAAAUCAUACAGCAAAUGCCUUUCAAAUAUCGGAUUUUGAGCAAGAAGGAGAAUCCGAUAAUACCCAAUGCUUAUGUCAGAUACAAAAGUGGAGAGUAG